AUGAAGGAAAUGUUCCCAGAUCGCUGCGAGUUGCCUAAGAGGCAGGUGACGGAAAUGGGUCAGACCUCAGAGACAGGUUGUCCAGGGUGCGCUAUGCCGAAAGCGUUAAUGAAAUUCGUGGUGGACGUGAUUAUCGGAACAUUUCUUAUUGUGAUCGGAUCGUUGGACCGGCUAAAUGAAGAGCAGUGCGGUGCAGUGCUGGUGAUCUCUACAUGCAUACCUUUACUGCAGGAUUUUCGCAUCGCCGCUACUAUGGCGGACGUUACUACCGAAACAACAUCAUGCGUGUCGUCACCAACGGACACCGCAGUGAUCUCAGCCUACGACAUCUCAGUUAUAUUCGCCACAAUAUGUCUGGUAGCGCUUGGAGUUCUAUUGGCCCGAAAACUUAAUAGUUCGCUCUACAAACCGGUUCUCUUUCACUUCGUAUCCACACUGCUUCUACUCGAGAUUCCCCUAGUGAUAGUGAUCUCACUGAAGUACGCCUCUCAGAGUACGGCUGCUAUUCGAGCAGCAGACGCAACUAAUUUACUCGUCGCUAUACACUGCAGUCUUCAUUCGGCGUAUUUCAUUUAUAAUCACGAAGAUUAUAGGGUAAGUUUUUCGCAAACUGAAUCCUUUACGAAUUUUACGAGAGAGGUGUGGCUCAAACUUUAG